AUGUCCUAUAUAUCCUACCCCGAGCGUUCCACCUCACUUGAGUUUCUUGGCUUCCCCCCCGGAUACGGUCCUUGGACUUAUCGUGCUAUCCCAGAACCCUUGAUCUCAUCCGAGCUUGCACGCCUGGCUUCCGCACACGUCAUCAGCAGUAAGACAACCAUGACGGGCUGUGUCUCUUUGCAGCCAAGCCCAGACCCAGACAACCGAUCCCAGGACCGCUUUGUCGUCCUGGACUGGGACGGAUGGUCGUUUUCUGCUGUGUUUGACGGCACGUGCCACGGAGGGGAAGAGACCGUAGACUACGUCGUCCAGGAGCUCCCCUUAUUAAUCCACACAGCUCUCGUCAAGGCUCUGACCGAUGCAGGCGCCACACCCCUUGCACCCUCUACCGUUUCCACCCUUCUGCAGUCUUCUAUCCAAGCCAUUGAUGACGCACUAACUGACGGAGUCAAAUGCCUCUUCCCCGACGAAGCAACCCUCGCUGCCUACACAGACGAGCAAAUCAAGUCCACCAUUAACGGCCCCACAAAUCCCAACAAUCUCGCUAUCCUUCGCUGCAUGCGUGGUACUACUGCCCUCAUUUCGCUCGUGGACCCAAAGAAAGACAACCUCUGGGUAGCCAGCCUCGGUGAUUGUCAGGCUGUGCUUGGAGCUAAAAAUUCCAGUGGUACAUGGGACGCAACGAUCCUCAGUGUAAACCACAGUGGCAAGAAUCCCGCUGAGGUCGCUCGUAUUUGCAAAGAACACCCAAACGAAUCUGAAUGCAUCAAGUUACACAGAGUUCUCGGCGCAAUCGCCGUCACACGAGGCGAGUGUUUUCUCAUCUUCUAUAAGCUACACAAACACAUAUAUACCUAUUCACACAACCAUUCAGCCAUCGGAGACCACAUCUUCAAGCUUCCGGUACCCUACACCACACGAGUUUUCAUGAACUGCGCCCCCGGCUUUUCCAUCUCUUCCAAGCUCGAACAUUUCCUACCGAAUAACAAAUCGCCGCCCUACCUGUCUGCUCGUGCCGACAUCAAACAUGUCGCUCUCCAGCCCUCCACAGCUAACACAUCAUUCUUGAUCUUGUGCUCAGAUGGCCUCAUAGAUUUAUACGAACAUACGACUGCACGGAGGGCUACCUUGGAGGAGAUUCUCACACAAUGUGUCCAUAUGCUUGGUGAGCAUAUGGACAGGAGGGAUGCUAAGGUCGGCGCCGAGGUGGACAAGGAGAAUGCAGCACUAGUGCUGCUGAAACAUGCGCUGAUGGGCGGAGGGGUGGACAACCCAGACCGUCUCGCGCAGAUGCUCACAGUGGAGAUACCCUGUCGGUGGAUGGAUGAUACAACAGUGCUUGUCCAAACCCUUUGA